AUGAAGGAGGAAGAUGUCCUCAAAUCCCUUCCAGCAGGAAUCUGCUUAAGUGGCAGCAACUUUGGCUUCCAAGUGGAACAGUAUAUCUACAAAAGGAAAAGUGAUGGUUGUAUCUACAUCAAAAAUCUGGAGUGAACCUGGCAGAAGCUUCUGUUGGCAACUUGUGCCAUGGCUCCUAUUGAAACAUCCUCUGGGAAUACUGGCCCGCAAGCUACGCUCAAGUUUUCUGCUGCCACCGGAGCCACCCCUAUUGCUGGCUGCUUCACUCCUGGAACCUGCACUAACCAGAUCCAGGCAGCCUUCCGGGAGCCAAGACUUCUGGUGGUUACUGUUCCCAGGGAUGACCACCAGCCUCUCCCAGAGACCUCUUAUGUUCACCUGCCUCCCACGGCCAUGUGUAACACAGACUCUCCUCUGUGUCAUGUGGACAUCACCAUCCUGUGCAACAAGGGAGCUCUCUUUGCGGGUCUGAUGUGGCGGAUGCUCACCUGGGAAGUUCUGUGCAUGUGUGGCACCACCUCCGGUGAACACUCAUGGGAGGUCAUGCCUGACUUCUCCUUCUGCAAAGAUCCUGAAGAGAUUGCAAACGAAGAGAAGGCAGCAGCUGGGAAAGCUGUGACCAAGGAGUAAUUUCAGGGUAAAUGGACAGCUCCUGCUCCUGAAUUCACUGCUAUU